AGCUGUGAAUCUCUAUAACUAACUAAUAUAAUGAAUAGCACACAAAAUAAUUGUGUUCGACGUUAUUGAUUGCCAUUGAAUGACAUGAUUACAGUAUAUUAGAGCUUAAAGUUUAUGAGUUUAUUGAGUGAACAAAUCAGUGGUAAAUAAAUCACUAUAAUGAGUGAUAAUAAAGUGGAAAUAGACUGUCCCGACGGUAAUAGUGUCCAAAGUGGUCAAACUAGCGAUACUCAACACUUACCAGUAGUAGAGCACAGGGAGACAGACAAUGAAGAGGACAGUUGUGAGGAGGACUACGAAGCUGUCAAUGAAUGCGUCUUUUGGCACAUUGAGGCAACAAUUGAUAAUGUAUUUACACCGGAAAUGUUGGUCGAGAUCGAGCAUUCGGCUGAAAAGUAUUGGUUGGCCACAGUUAUGGGCGCUUUCGGUCAGUUAUUAUCAUUGAAAUGGGAAGGGGCUGAGGGGGAGCCUGACUUCUGGUUUGACUUAAAGAGUCGCAAAAUAUUUCCGGCCGGUUAUUAUAGAAAUAAAAGUAACUAUAAGAUUGAACCGCCGUCUCAUCUCAAGUUAGAGACCAAGAAUAUAGUGGACGUAACUAUGAGAUACUUUAAGAACCAGACAUCGACUGCCAAUUGUGUUAAACUUAGUUUGUUUACCAAAUAUGGUUUCACUAAUAUUACCGAUAUUUUUAUGCCUAAUAUGGUUGUCCUGGAAGUGUCGCAUGAGUUUGAGCCACACAAGUAUUGGUUUGCAAGGAUUGUUCAUAACUAUGGAGGACGUCUUGCUCUUCAAUGGGUCGAWUCUGUUGAUACAACAGAAGAUAGCAAAGAGGAUGACGAUUGCAAACGAGAACUAUUCUAUCUUUAUUUUUGUAGUCCAAGAAUCAAUUAUUUAGGUUAUGCCAACUCUAGAGCCGCUGACGACUAUUUCUAUUCUGUGCCCAAAGAGAACCAAAAUAAUUCAGAAGAUAUUAUUGAUAAAUAUUUGGCCGAAAGUUCUUCAGAAUUGAAUGAAUUUAUUAAGACUGUUAUAUCAAAUGCUAAAGAACUUCAGCCAAAGUUAUACAAACCGGGAUCUCUUGAACAGAUCAGACCUAAUGAUAGAGUACUGAUAUUUCCCACUGAGUUAUUGAAGUUAUGUCCGGCCACUGUUGAAAGUGUUGCUAUGGAUGGCAAACAUUUGGUGGUUAAAUGUGAUUCCGAUGAUUUGAUUCGUUUUUCAUACCCUAAUCACGACAACCAAUGUUUUUUGCCUUUGAAUUGGGCCGAUGACCACCAAAUUAGUGUUGACAAUGGAGAUGGAGGUUCCGCCAAAUUGAAUGGUAGAGGAUCCAGAGGUGCACCCAUUUCUUUGCUUAAAGAUUCACGAAUAGAUGAAUUUGAAAUUAAUAGCAAAUUAGAAGUGGUUCACCCAAAAGAUAACACUAAAAUAUGUGAGGGAGUGAUUAUAAGAGUGACGCCACCACUCAUAUGGAUUGAGAUCGCAUCCGACACUAUCACUGUUUUGCCUUAUAAUUCAACUGAUAUCUAUCCGCUCGGUUGGUGUCAUAACAAUGGUCUCGAAGCUCACAAAUUGUUAAAAUCACAGAAAAAGACGUCUAAAUCAAAAGAUAAAGACUUGAAAGUAAAGGAAAUAGAUGUGAACACUGAUCCCAUACAGAACAAUGAAGACGACAUUAAUAUUCCGUCUUCUCCAUCGAUGACUUCAUCGCAAUCUCAGAGCAAUUCCAAGUCAUGGUGUCCCCGCAUUUUUAUAAAUCACAAGUGCUUUACUGGACCAGCUCUUUCAAAGUCAAAAAUAUGUGAAUUACCACAAUAUUUAGGUCCCGGACCUAUUACUUUAGUGUUGCAAGAAGUGAUCUCAAAGAUAAUACAAGUGGCUUACGUUCCCAAUCGAGUGCUCAAUGAAUUGAGUUCAGAAAGUUUUGAAGAAUUGCUUCACAAGAAAAAUAUUAGAAAAACAGAUGAAAUUAUGUUUAAAGCAAAAUACCAGAAGCGCACAUAUCGUGAUGAUGUGUUAGUAGCACUAAAUGCAGACCAAGUAGAAGAAUACUGCCGCUGUGUUUGUGGUCAUCUCAAGUGUUGCUAUAACUUGUUUUCUCCCUUUCAAUUUAGCGGAGAUGACUGUCCAUCUAAUUGCAGAGGUUUAACAAAAUCAAAUAAGUAUUUAAAAAGAGCCGGUUAUUAUAGAGAUAAGGCUCGACACAAUCGUAUGGCACAAAACAAGAAAAAAAUGACAUUAUUACCAAAUAAUGAAGAAAAUGACAAUCAAAAUGGCAAUAAUGAUAAUGAAGAUAAUAAAGUUCAAAAUAGUGAUAAAAAUGAUACCAAAACACAAACAGUUGAACAAAAUCCACAACAACAGCAGCAGCAACAACAACAACAACAACAAACAAACGACGGCUCUAGUGAUGAAUCGACAAACAAUGACAACAUUCCCAUUGAUGCCGAAGAACUUCAUAAACAGCAACAACAAAAAGAAAUGAACAAAAAUGCAACAAAAGCUCAGAAAAAGUCAAAACUUGGACCAAAAGGUAAAAAACGAAAGCGUUCUGUAGUUGAGGAAGAGAUUGAAGUCGACGAAAAUGAAGACAUCGAUAAUCCUAUGUAUUGGUCGAUAACAGAUGUCUACGAUUACCUCAAGAAAAGCGAUUGCUUUAUGUUUGCGCCCACUCUUAGGGAACAUGAGGUGGACGGUGCAGCACUUUUAUUGUUGGACUACAACACCAUAACUAGUCUUUUAUACUCUGGUUAUACCCGCCAGUACUGUAUGGCUGACGCAACAAAACUGUCGACUUUAGUCGAAUCUCUUCGCCAUAAAUGGGCCCGAAUUUCAAAGAGGUUGAAGAAGUAAUCAGAUCUGAUGGCAUUGAAGAACAAUCCAUUUAUUUUGCAUAUAUCU